AUGAAAGCAUUACAAGAACAGGCAGAAAGGCUCACCCUCAGCUCUCGAGCCUUCUACAAUGAUAAAUUUCCAAUAUUUGCCGAGCGUCUGCGGAACAUCUUUGGCUAUGAUAUGGUGCUUCCUAUGAACACUGGUGCGGAAGGUGUGGAAACAGCUCUGAAGUUGGCAAGGAAAUGGGGUUACGAGAAGAAAAAAAUUCCCAAAGAUGAGGCUAUUAUUGUCUCAUGUUGUGGCUGCUUCCAUGGUCGUACAUUGGCUGUCAUCUCCAUGAGUUGUGACAAUGAGGCUACCCGUGGUUUUGGGCCAUUGUUGCCUGGCCAUGUAAAAGUUGAUUUCGGUGAUGCAGUUGCCCUUGAGAAAAUCUUCAAAGAAAGUGGCGAUCGAAUAGCUGGAUUUCUGUUUGAACCCAUUCAAGGAGAGGCCGGGGUUGUUAUUCCUCCAGAUGGCUAUCUAAAAGCUGUCAGAGAUCUUUGCUCAAAAUACAAUGUUUUAAUGAUUGCUGAUGAGGUACAAUCUGGCUUAGCACGAACAGGAAAAAUGUUGGCUUGCGAUUGGGAAGAAGUGCGUCCAGAUGUAGUGAUUCUUGGAAAAGCAUUGGGUGGUGGAGUGAUACCUGUAAGUGCAGUGCUAGCAGACAAAGAUGUAAUGCUUUGUAUCCAACCUGGAGAGCAUGGAAGUACCUUUGGGGGAAAUCCAUUGGCCAGUGCAGUUGGCAUUGCCUCGCUAGACGUGCUCAGAGAUGAGGGACUUGCUGAGAGGUAA